AUGCCCCAUGACUGUGUGCCACUUUUAGAAGUUGACAUUGCCCAAAAGGGCGAACACCCAGAGCUUCCGCUGCUUUCUACUCACCUCCCAUACUCUGCCUUGGCCAAUUCCAUAUCAUCUUCUGGCUGCAAAAUUGUGUAUAUAUGCAGGGACCCGAAGGAUGCAUUUGUCUCAUAUUGGAAUUUUGCCAGAAGGGCGAAGCCUGGAUUUGAAUCUUUGCCUUUGGACGUUAUGUUUGAGCUGUUUUGCAGGGGAAUUUCCUUAUAUGGGCCCUGUUGGGACCAUAUUCUGGGGUACUGGAAAGCUAGCUUGGAUCAGCCUGAGAGGGUUUUGUUCUUGAAAUAUGAAGAUAUGAAGCGAGAGACCUCUGCUCAUGUAAAGCGACUCGCUGAGUUCAUCGGCCAUCCAUUUGACUCGGAGGAGAACAGGGAAGGGUUGGUGGAGAGGAUUGUGGAGUUGUGUAGCUUUGAGAAUUUGAGCAAUUUAAAGGUGAACAGCCAAGGAAAACACCGGCAAGGUACGCCUGUGGCAAUCAAGAACAACACCUAUUUUAGAAAAGGAGAGGUCGGAGAUUGGAAGAAUCAUCUGACGGCCGAGAUGGCGCGCCACAUGGACAGGAUCACGGAGCAGAAACUUGGCUCUUGGGGCUUGAAAUUGAAUGACGCACCGACGCCAUAA